AUGUCGGUGCCUUUGCUGAAGAUCGGCGUUGUGCUGAGCACCAUGGCGAUGAUCACGAACUGGAUGUCGCAGACUCUGCCCUCUCUAGUGGGGCUCAACACCACCAAGCUCACCGCGGAGAGGGCAGGCUACCCGGACAGGAGCACCGGAGUGUUGCCAGCAAACCCAGAGGAGUCAUGGCAAGUGUACAGUUCUGCCCAGGACAGUGAGGGGAGGUGUGUGUGCACAGUGGUGGCACCGCAGCAGUCCAUGUGUUCACGAGACGCCCGCACCAAACAGCUGAGGCAGCUACUGGAGAAGGUCCAGAACAUGACCCAGUCCAUCCAGGUGCUGGACCAGCGGACCCAGAGAGACCUGCAGUACGUGGAGAAGAUGGAGGUGCAGCUGAGAGGUCUGGAGACCAAGUUCAGACAGGUGGAGGAGAACCACAAGCAGAACAUCGCCAAGCAAUACAAGGCCAUAAAAUCGAAAAUGGAGGAGAUUAGGCCGUUGAUACCAGUGUUGGAGGAGUACAAAGCCGAUGCCAAAUUGGUAUUGCAGUUUAAGGAGGAGGUCCAGAAUCUGACGUCAGUUCUAAGCGAGCUCCAGGAGGAGAUGGGAGCCUAUGACUACGAGGAACUCCACAACCGAGUGUCAGGUCUUGAGGAGAGACUCCGAGCAUGCAUGCAAAAAUUAGCAUGUGGGAAGUUGACGGGCAUCAGUGAUCCUGUCACCAUCAAGACGUCUGGAUCCCGGUUCGGAUCCUGGAUGACUGACCCUGCGGCACCGGAAGGAGAUACCAGGGUGUGGUACAUGGACGGUUACCACAACAACCGCUUCGUGCGGGAGUACAAGUCCAUGGCGGACUUCAUGACGACGGACAACUUCACGUCUCACCGCCUCCCCCAUCCGUGGUCCGGGACAGGUCAGGUGGUCUACAACGGCUCCAUUUACUUCAACAAAUUCCAGAGCCACAUCAUCAUCAAGUUCGACUUCAAGACCUCCGCCAUUAGCAAGUCACGCCAGCUGGACAACGCCGGCUACAACAACAUGUAUCACUAUGCCUGGGGCGGCCACUCCGACAUCGACCUCAUGGUGGAUGAGGGUGGGCUCUGGGCUGUCUAUGCCACCAAUCAGAACGCUGGAAACAUCGUCAUCAGCAAGCUCAACCCCAGCACGCUUCAGAUCAUCAAGAGCUGGACUACCAACCACCCCAAGAGGAGCGCCGGCGAAGCCUUCAUGAUCUGUGGUACUCUCUAUGUUACCAACGGUUACUCUGGCGGGACCAAGGUGUACUACGCCUACAGCACUAACUCCUCCACGUACGAGUACAUAGACAUCGCCUUCCAAAACAAGUACUCCCAUAUCUCCAUGCUUGACUACAACCCUCGGGACCGUGCGCUCUACGCAUGGAACAACGGACACCAGGUUCUAUACAAUGUCACACUAUUCCAUGUCAUCAGCUCACAGGAAUUGUAA